AUGGAACGAUUAAUAAAGGAGUGGAACUCACCAAUAUACACUUUUUUUGACCCCAUUCCUGCCAUUGAGACCAUUAAUGGCCGUCGUGCUCAUGCAUUUAAGUGCAUGGCGAAGGGGUGCAAAGUCCGUAUUUGUCGGUUCCUUGAUAAGAAAGAUGCACACUUGACAAGUAACAUGCGCAAGCACAUCAAAUCUUGCUGGGGGGAAGGUGUAUUGGAGGCUGCUUGUGAAGCAAAAAAUACAGAGGAAGUACGAACCAAGAUUGUCACCAGCAUCCUAUGUAAUGGAUCAAUUACAUCAUCGUUUGAGCGGAAGGGAAAGGGAAAGGUCACGUACUCGCACAGGCAACAUACUAGGACUGAAACGAAAGGUUUUCAGUCGUUAAUGAAGACUGGGAGACCUGAGUAUUACAUACCCUCCCCAAGGACAAUCUCGCGUGAUGUAAGACUGCAAAUCGCUAAGAUGUUGCAAGAAUACGAAGGGCGAAUGAACUUUACUACAGAUGCAUGGACGUCAGAGAACCACCGUGCAUUUGUUGCAGUCGCAGUACAUCUUGAGCAUGAAGGUGUCCCCCUGAGUUUUCCAUUAGAUAUUGUUGAAGUAGCAACAGUACGAAAAUCACUUACAUUGACAAUAGUGCACAUAAUGAUCCACUCACACUAG